AUGGUUGAAUUUGUUGGGAAUGAUAAUGAGGAUGUAAUUGAGGAAGUACACAUUACGGACGAUGAAGAAGAAAAUGGAGCCGAUGAUGAUGUAGUGAGUCCUCCAUUUGUUGGGAUGGUAUUCCAGAGUUGGGAAGAAGUGGAUACGUACUACAAAAGGUAUGGGAGACAACAAGGAUUUGGCAUACUCCGUGCUGCAGGGUCGCGUCGGGUUGAGGGGAAAAGGGUUUACUCAACUAGGGAUGAGCUUGGCACCAAAAGGUCAAAGAAAUGUGAUUGCCCUGUUCUAAUGUAUUGCAACAGGACCAAGGAUGGGGAAUGGGUGGUUAAAAGGGCAGUUAAUGAGCAUAAGAACCAUUGUCCAACACCGAGGAAAUCUAGGUAUGUUCCUAGGUAUCGACAGGAAGACAUCACCUCUCUUGUAAAGAGGAAGUUGUUUAAUGACUACAACUCGGGUGCUAACGUUCCUCAGAUAUUUAACUGUCUAGCUAGCGAGAGGAAUGGAGUUGAGAACGUGACAUUCACCAAAAAAGAUCUUCAAAACAUCAUUGCUAGGGAUAAGGCAGAAAAGAUGAAGGAGGGAGAUUGGAAUGCAAUGUGGAAGUACUUUAAAGCGAUGUCUACUGACAAUGAAAAUUUCUUUCACAAGCAUAGGGUGGGUGAGGAUAACAUAUUAAAGGAUGUGAUGUGGGUAGAUGCUAGGAGUAGAGCUGCUUACGAAGAGUUUGGAGAUGUUGUAGUGUUUGACUCCACCUACUUAACAAACGAGUAUGACUUGCCAUUUUCUAACUUUGUUGGGGUUAAUCACCAUGGUCAAACCAUUCUGCUUGGGUGUGCAUUGUUAUCCCAUGAAGAUUCAGAGACCUUUGAAUGCCUUACCAAGAAUGAAUUUGAAGUGCAAUGGACUGAUGUAAUCAAGAAGUAUAAACUGGAGGGUGAGAUUUGGCUUGCAGGAUUAUACCAUGGAAGGGAAAUGUGGGUGCCUGCAUUUAUGAACGGGAUGUUUUGGGCUGGAAUGAAGAGCACUCAAAGAUCCGAAAGCAUAAACAGGUUCUUUGAUGGGUUCGUUGAUAAGCACACACGAUUGUUUGAGUUUGCUCCAUUUUAUAUUAAAGCAGUGGAAUCUAGAGCUAACGAUGAGCAACAGGCUGAUGCAGCUGACCAAAGGGCAGUUCGCCCGUUGGCCACCCAAUUUAGUGUUGAGAGAGCCUUUAGAAAGGUGUACACAGAUGCAAAAUUCCUCGAGGUUCAAGAGCAGUGCAAUCGUGUACUGUACCUUACUUCUCUUGAGACUACUAUGGUGUCAGCUGAAGUUGCACAUCAUAAGCUGGAGGACAGAGUGUGGGUGUUGUGUAAGGAAACCCGCAAGGAAUUUUCAACAAAGUACAGGCGGAAUUAUAUUGUGCAGUUCAAUUUGGAGACUAAAUUGGCGGAGUGCGAAUGCAAGCUGUUUGAAAGUGACGGUAUACUUUGCAGGCACAUUAUAAAAGUGUAUGACAUGCAUGACAUUCAAGAUGUCCCAGAUGUUUAUAUUCUUCGUAGAUGGAGGAAAGAUGUGUCAAGGAAGCACUCGCGCGUGAAGGUGGUGUACCAUGAUCCAAGUAAGACCGAAGAUGUCAUGAAGCAUGAUAAAUUAAUGCUAGCAUACGAGCCAAUCAGUUUGAAGGCGUCAACGAAUCCCGAGUGCAUUAAAAUUGUGAUGGAUACAUUGAAGGUGUUGGAGAAGCGGUUGGAUCAACAGUUGAUUGGUGUGGAAGAUAUGGAUGCUGAUGAGACACAGGAUGAUGUUGGUACUCCUGGUUUGUCUCAAACCAACAAGAAGAGGGCAACUACUCCAAAAUCUGUUACCAAUGGGUGCAGUCAAACCAAAAACAAGAGGACCACCAAAAGUACCCCUAAGUCUGUGAACAAACGAAACAAAUGUGCAACACCUCCUGAUAACGUCAAGGUGAAUGAUCCUGUGGCAAGAAAUAAACCACAUAGGACACUAAGUUGUAGGCACCGUUCUUGUGUUGAGCCAAAAAAGAAAACACCCAUAAGGAGAAGGAGAAGCAAAACAAAUGAUGUUGCUGGUUGCUCACAGGAACCUCCCACGCAGGGCGCUGAUGAUGUUGAGUUGACACACACUUCUGCUGGGGGUAUUGAGAUGUUAUCUCAAGAUGGGUCAGUUGGGUAUUUCACCAGCAUAGUUGGAGGAGAUGAUGGACUUGACAUUGUUGGUGAUGUUGGUGAUGUUGGUGAUGAUGGACUUGGACUUGAAAAUGUUGAUGAUCUUUUAUGCCGAAAUUCUCUUGGGUGGGAUAAGUGA